GGGGGUACGUUUGUCGGAGGACGCAAGGGGCGCCUUCCUGACGUCAUACGCCGCGUUGGCUUGCUGUAGAGAAAGUUUUGUUACCCCCUCCUCUUUUCUUAACUUUGUUGUUGUAGGGGGAAAAGUUGUAGUUCAUUGUGUGGAUGUAUACGUGCGAGUAGCUUUCCCCCUUUAAACAGGGAGACGAAGCAAAACAUUUUAGUAGUGACAGUGAGAAGAUCAACGGACUCUUACGUGCAAACUCAUUUUUAAAAACGAACAUUGUCUAGUUUAAACACACCACAGCUAGCAACAGGGCUCGAUCGCGUCCACCCCCACCUCCACUCCAGGGUGGCUAGCUACCCCUCUUCUAUAGUUUGUUUGGUGGGACAGAAAAAAGGAGCUGGCGAAAUGGCGGAAACCAAAAUAAUAUACCACAUCGACGAGGAGGAGACGCCGUACUUGGUCAAAAUUCCAAUCCCCGCAGAAAAAAUUACAUUACUGGACUUCAAACAGGUUUUGAACAAGCCAAAUUAUAAAUUCUUCUUCAAAUCCAUGGAUCAGGAUUUCGGUGUGGUGAAAGAGGAGAUUUCAGAUGACGGUGCCAAGCUGCCCUGCUUCAAUGGAAGAGUGGUAUCAUGGUUGGUGUCAUCGGACAGUCCCAGCACGGAGCCCUCGGCCCCUCCCGUGGAGGUGCAGCCUCAGCCCUCGCCCCCUCCUCCACCCCUGCCCCCUCCUCCCGCUGAGAGGACCGGAGGCAUUGGCGACUCCAGGCCCCCGUCCUUUCACCCAAAUGCGGCUGGCAGCGUGGAGACCCUGGACGACCGUACGGAGACGGAGUCGGUGGUGUCCUUUAGGAGGGAGAGGCCGCGCCACAGGGACAACCUGGAGCAGCACGGACCUAGGAUGAACGGGCAGAGCCGAAUGGAGCGCCACCUGGCGGGGUAUGAGAGCGCCACCACGGUCAUGAGCAGCGAGCUGGACACCACCAGCUUCUGCGACUCGGAUGAGGACGACACCAUGAGCCGUUUUAGCAGUUCCACGGAGCAGAGCACAGCCUCCCGCUUGCUGAAACGCCACCGCAGACGCAGGAAACAGCGCCCUCCCAGGCUGGAGCGGGCAUCUUCCUUCAGCAGUGUGACAGACUCCACCAUGUCCCUCAACAUCAUCACUGUCACACUCAACAUGGAGAAGUACAACUUCCUGGGAAUCAGCAUCGUGGGCCAGAGCAAUGAGAGAGGGGAUGGCGGUAUCUACAUUGGCUCCAUAAUGAAGGGUGGAGCUGUGGCCGCUGACGGGCGGAUCGAACCCGGGGACAUGUUGCUGCAGGUGAAUGAUAUCAACUUUGAGAACAUGAGCAAUGACGACGCUGUCAGGGUGCUGAGGGAGAUUGUACACAAGCCAGGACCGAUCAUCCUAACUGUGGCUAAGUGCUGGGACCCGUCUCCCCAGGGCUACUUUACUCUUCCGCGCAAUGAGCCCAUCCGGCCGAUCGACCCAGCGGCCUGGGUCAGCCACUCGGUGGCGCUCACGGGGGCUUACCCCCCUUACCCCGGCAGCUCCUCCCUCAGCACCAUUACCUCGAGUUCAUCCGUCACCGAAACCGAGCGCUUCGAUGACUUCAACCUCUCGCUACACUCAGACAUGGCCUCUGUGGCCAAAGCCAUGGCCUCCCCAGAGUCCGGCCUGGAGGUCAGAGACCGGAUGUGGCUGAAGAUCACCAUUCCCAACGCAUUCCUGGGCUCGGACGUGGUCGAGUGGCUGUACCACCACAUCGAGGGCUUCCAGGACCGACGAGAGGCACGCAAAUACGCCAGCAACCUGCUGAAGGCCGGGUUCAUCCGCCACACAGUCAACAAAAUCACCUUCUCCGAGCAGUGCUACUACAUCUUCGGCGACUUCAGCGACUGCGAGAACUACAUGGCCAACCUCUCCUUGAAUGACAACGACGGGUCCAGCGGAGCGUCCGACCAGGACACUCUCGCCCCCCUGCCCCUUCCCGGAGCGACCCCAUGGCCCCUGCUGCACUCCUUCCCCUACCAGUACCCCCACCCUUACUCCAGCCAGCCACCCCCCUAUCACGAGCUAUCCAGCUACAGCUACGCACCGGGGAGUACAGGGAGCCAACACAGUGAGGGGAGUCGGAGCAGUGGGUCAACCCGCAGCGAGGGGGAGCGGCGGCGAGGGAGUAAAGGAGGAGGAGCUAGCAGCUCAGGGGGAGGCACCAGAGAGGAGAAGUCACCCGGGGGAGGCGGUGCAGACUCUCGCUCAGGCAGCGGCAGCGAGUCAGAGUACUCCACCCGGAGCAGCCUGAGGCGGGACCAUGGCUCGGCCACGCCCAGCGAGCACAGUCACAUCAGCCAGCGCUCACACCACCGCGCCCCACCCCCUCACCUGCCCUACCCCCCCGGCAUCCCGCUCCCCUACAACCCCAUGAUGGUCAUGAUGGUGCCCCAGCACCCACACCCUGCCUUGGGCCCGCCUCACCCCCAACACCCCGCUGGCCCCACCCUCCCCUCCCUGCCUCCUUCCAGCACCCCAGGGGGACCCCCCGGGGCUCCUCCCACUCGUGACCUGGGCUCCGUGCCUCCCGAGCUCACAGCCUCCCGGCAGUCCUUCCAUCUAGCCAUGGGCAACCCCAGCGAGUUCUUUGUAGACGUCAUGUAGUGACAGGGGUUGGAACUAGAGUGUGUGUGUCUGUGUGUGAGGGAUGGGCUAUCCCAGAACAAAAGGGUAUAGGGCGCCUGAGAGGUUCCUGCCAGGUGUGGCCAAUGAGGGCACAGCUUCGAAAGGUACCCAAAAAACAGCCACUGUCAAUCAUCAGGUUUUCUCUGUUUAUAUUCUGAUGACAUGCAGGGGUUUUUUUACCUUCCCUUCAGAUGAUCUGUAUAUUCUGUGUAUCCACUAAACCACCUGAGGUUUUUCAGAUUUCAGUUGAAUUUUUCAUGAGCGUUUCUUUAAGGAUUCAAGCUGGAAUGAAAUUGUGGAGUUGUGAGAUCUGAGCCAAGUAAUGCCCUCAGGUUUGUGAUUUAAAUUGAAGGUUUAGAAGGAAUUGGUGUCACUGCAGCCGUAGGAUUUAAGCUACCAGUGUCUCACUGCUCUGCUUGUGGACAGAGAUAGUAGUGAGGGGUGUUGAGUGUGGGUGGAGGGUGGCUUUGGAGGGUGCAGCAGGAAAACAAAAACAUGAAAUUUGUUGGGUGCCCCUCCCCCCCCCUCCCCCACUUUCAAAUGAAAGUGGGGGAUGUCUCAUGUCUUCAAUAACUUACCCAGUCAAUUAUUAUUCUACAAUUCCCGAAGCAAGAAAUUUUGACAGUUGGUGCCUUUGAUCAAUAUAGGUUCUCAAUACUGCAAAGUAAUUAUACACUGAAUAGCUUGCCUACCAUGACGUUAACUUCUCCUAUGCUGAUCUGGAAAGUUGUUAGCGAGUCUUUGACAUCCAUACGGUCUGCACAGCAGUAAGUGUAGUUACUAAAUAAUUUGGUUUCUCUUUAUGCUUGAAAGUGUACUUGUUUUUUUAUCUUGGAGGUUGGAACAGAACAGUAGUGGUCUGUCAUAGAAGCAGCUGUAGUAGCAAAGAAUGACCUCUGAACGAUACUUAUCAGUCUGUUAUAAACAUCUGGGUUCCCAGUUCUCAACUGGGGCACUGUCUAGUUCAGGUCUCAAAUAAAAUAUAGACUGUCAAUAAAAACCCCUCUAUUGCACCCACUUGUUCCCAUGCAGGACAGUUAAACUGACAUAGUGAGAAGCAAUCGUUCCUUCCUACUCUCAGCUAAUUUUUAAAAGGGUUCCCAACUGUAAAUAUUCCACUCUUCUAUAUAAAGGCAUUGGUCCAGGGUAGCGAAUUUUAAUGUGAAGUGAGCACAAAUAUUGCUAAGCACGCACAUUCCUCCCUGUUGAUGGUAAUGGUCAACAUUCGCACCCUGGAAAAGUGAGCUGUGUACUACAGACAGGGAAGAACACUGAAUGACCGUGUGGUACAGAAAAUGGUACUGAGGGGCAUACCAAAAUGGUACUGUAGGUUGUACAAAGGAGUUGGAAUAAUGUGUGGUGUUACUUUUCAAUAGAUAUUCAAUUGCUGUGAGCCCCAUAUCAAACUUUUUUUUUAAAUGCGACCUACAUGUUUUCUUUGUAUGUGUAUUAUAUGUAAUCAUACCAUAUAGGUGCUAAAUGAAGAGUCAAACUAUGUGAAUGUUUUCCCCAUUUUGUCACUUGCCUUUUUCAGCAUUUAUAUACUAAAUAAAUGUUUAUUAGGUACAUUUCAA